CUGCAUUGGAUUGCACCAAAAAGUCUAGAUCACCAUGGUGUCUUGCUGGAGAACUCCUACAACCAAAGAUGCAUACCGGCUUUCAUGGGUUAGUCUAGCUGUAACGCUGGUAGCCGCUGGAGCUGGGAUUGGAAUGUACGUGGCUACGGGAUCAUCGCUGUGUUUGGUGUUUGGUCUCGAAAAUUGCGUCGACUUUUUUAGUAGUGCAGUAGUUCUGUGGCGCUUUUUCGCUCCUACGAAAGUCAACCAGGAACUGGAAGAAAAGUUGCACCGUCGGGAAAAGCGAGCUUCCGUCGCGAUUUCUUUCAUUUUAGUACUGCUCGGAAUGAGUAUACUUUCCACCGCUAUUUCCGAUUUCGCGCGUGGAGAAGAAGAUCCGGAUGGUCUUAGACUGGUAGUCGCAAUAUCUUUCUUUUCGUUCAUUGUGUUUGGUAUUUUGGCCACUUUAAAGUUUCGCUACGCCAAGGCACUGCAGUCGGCCUCUCUAAAUAAGGACGGUAUCUGUUCGUUGAUUGGUACGGUAUUGGCGGGCGCACUUUUUGUGAAUACUUUGAUUAUUGAACAAAAAGGAAGUUGGUGGUGGCUGGAUCCGACGGUCGCGCUUCUGUGUGGUUUUGGUGCCAUUGCGAUUGGUAUCCACGCGGUCCACAUGGCACGAUAUAGCGACGAUCUGCCUCCAAGGAGAUGGAACGGAUGA